AGGAACUGUGUUAGAUGGUCAAGAUCGAAUAGGAUUACCCAUACAUUAACAAGGAGAAAGAAGGUCAACCUGGAACAUAAAUUAGGAAUAUGAACAAAGGUAAACCAGAAACCACUGGAGAUCUGCCUGACCCAUCACAACUACACACAGACAAUCCGGAACAUCCAGUUAUGGGAGACCCUGCUGUUCCAUUAGAACUACAAACAGAAAAUCCGGAACAUCCAGUUAUCGGAGACUCUGCUGUUCCAUUAGAACUACAAACAGACAAUCUGGGACAUCCAGGUAUGGGAGACUCUGCUGUUCCAUUAGAACUACAAACAGACAAUCUGGGACAUCCAGUUAUGGGAGACCCUGCUGUUCCAUUAGAACUACAAACAGACAAUCUGGGACAUCCAGUUAUGGGAGACCCUGCUGUUCCAUCAGAACUACAAACAGAAAAUCUGGGACAUCAAAUAAUUAUGGGAGAUCAUGCUGUCCCAUCAGAACCACACACAGACAAUCUUGGACAUCAUACAAUUAUGGGACAUCAUGCUAUCCCAUCAGAACCACACACAGACAAUCCUACACCAGAAAUUGAAGGAGCUUAUCCAGGACAAUCAGGGGUCACAACUCCUGCUGACCUAAUAGAACAACAAAUAGGUAAUCCAGGGCAACAAGCAAAGGCAACCAUACUGAGGGAUUCAGAAGAAAUUAGAACAGAUCUGUGCAAAAUAUUUGGUUACACAAUGUUGGUUCUCUUUGCCUCUUCCUAUUGGUUGCAGAUUCGGCUCAUAUGUUUAGCAAUUUGUGUCAUCAUUGUACUAGAUAGUUAUGCUAAUAAUAGAAGUAUGAAAAACAUAAAUGGCAAUGAAACCAACUCGAUGAGAAACACAUUAAGAAAUGCAGUUUCUAACUCUGAUGAAAUUUCCAGUGUAGUUGAUCAAGAUAUGGAGGAAAAUGAUCGAGUUGAAAAACUGACAAUACAAAUUGAUGACAUCAAAGGAAAUGCUCGUGAAGAGGUACACCCAGAUCCAAAUUAUGGCAGAACUCAAUUGCAGAAUGAAAAAAUCCCAGGGCCAUCAGAAGCUGCUACAGCACCAGAUCAGAAGUUGGCAAAACAAUCAACACGUGAAUCACAACCACUACAGUGUUUUAGUGAAAAUGGUCAUCCCUUAUGUCAGCCUAGCUGUGAUGAGAGGGAAAUUCGUCAUAGGGAACAAGGUUCAUUGGAAGCAGUAAAUGAAUUAGAAACUGAAGUACGUGAGCUACAGGCCAUUUUCGUGCUUUCCUAUACCGAUGUAAUCACAGAGGGUGCUACUUCACAAGAUCCAAUGCUAGAAGAACCCACUCACAUAUCUCAACCACAGUAUUUCAGUGAAAAUGGUCAUCCUCUGUGUCAACCAAGCUCAGACCAGAGGGAAAAUUUUCCUGGUGAAAAUAAUACAUAUGAAGCAGUCUUACAACCAGAUAAUGAGGCCUAUGAUAUCCAAGAACUUAUAGUGUCUAGCUCUUCAUGUGCAACUGAUAAUGACGAUGACAAUGAUGAUGGCGGUGACAAUGCCAUACAUCCAAGGAGAUUUCCAGUGGAAUGGGAUGAUCAAAACAAUUUCAAGCUUAGCAGAGAUGUCCUCAAGGUAAUUGCUCAAAACCCUACAAAAGUAUUUCAUUUAACACCAUGUUCUAAAGUUACCAAGACUGAGAUUGAGGAUCCAACAGACUAUCUGGUUGAUAGUGGCUACAAUGGAACCACAGGUACUACACAUUCCCAGCAAUUAGAACAUUCUGCUACCAGUCAAGUGACUGGUGCCACAAGGUUCCAAAACCAAAAAGAUCUUCCAAGCAGGAAACAAGGCAUUACAGUACCAGCAGAACCACCAUUCAGCAUGCCCACAAUACAGCUGCAGUCCCUAGGUGGUACUUCGUCAGAACCAGUUUAUCAAGUUCACAAACACCAAGGCAACAUAUGUCUCCUCACAUCAAGCCACAGAGAUAAUUCCCCUGACCAAUGUGAUGUCCUGUUUGUACACCAAGGUUAUGCUUUGUUUGUCCUAACAAUGCCUAGAGGUGUCCAUGUCAAUACUAUCACCAAAAUGAGGCAAUUCACCCAGAAGAUAUGUGCCCUGCUAGGUGAAGAAACCUACUACUUUCUACAGGAAGGACUUAAAGAUCGUGCAGAAAUCAACGAAGAUUGUGUCAUCAACAUCGUGACACUGACCUAGUGCAGGGUUAGGUAUUGCACAUCAACUGGAGGCUAUGUUAAUCAUGACUGGUUAUUUUUUACCCAAAUGGUCAUUAACCAUAAUUAUCAGUAUAAGUUUUAUUUAUAUCCACAAGAUUUCAAAAUUUCUAACAGUCUUCCAAAAUGGGUAGUAAAGUUACAGGUAGGUUGACACAAGGGGGCUGAAGUAUUUCUCCAAAUAUUUAAAGUUUGAUAAUAAUACAUUUAUCAUGUAACUCCAGACCUGCUAUAGAUAUACAUACAUGUCAGAUGGCGGCUUAUGUCAUAAAUAUUGUAAGACAUGUGUAAUGACACUAUUGUGAUGUCACAAAUACCUGAAUUACCACUUUGUAUAAUCAGUAUGAUAGAUCGAGU